UGAGAGGGGCCUUUCUUAUGUCAACAACUUUUGAAUCGCAAGGCAGUCACUGUUGUGUGAGCGCUUUGUUUGACCUGCCAUGCUUCUGCUGCUAGACAAUACUUUGCUCAGGAGCUAAGCUUCUUUCAUGCAGUCUGUAUUUCUUAGGUGAAUCCUUUCAGCAGAAGACUUGAGCCUCCUUGGAUCCACCUAAGAAUGAAGCAUCAAUGCAGCGGCGCGCUUUCGGGACAAUCUGGCAGCAUCCUGUGCGGCGCUAUCUUCUUGACAGCCGAAAUAAUUCCAAUCUGUCUGAUGGAUGUUCUUUCGUCAAGUCCACCGUCCUGCUGAACUCUGAAUCACCCUCUGGCAGUACGCCAAUGUCUAACGUUGUAUGCAAUCAACAGGUGCGCUUUUGGGACCCCAAAGCUGUCCCAGCAGUUGCAGCAGCUAAGCUCAUUGGUAGCUCCUCGUCAUGGUGCAUCUGCCCUGCCUUUGCUGUAAAAGCACGCAAUGCUGACCAUGCUCUGAAAAUCAGUAGUGCUGUUCAAGUGAUUUCUCAUGUACACGGAGAGAGUAACUCGCACACUGGACCACGAGGAGUGCGAACACUAGCAUGGCAGAGAACUGAAGCUGCGUAUGACGCUGAGCGAGAGCAAGAGAAUCUGCAUUCUCAUGCAACAGGGUUGCGAGGCUAUCAAAGACCCGUCUCCCUCAAAGAGUUGAAAAGGAGGAAUGAAACGCACCAAGCAGGUGAUGGUGGUGGUGAACUUGUGGAACCGAGAGCAGAUACAGAUGCUAAAGAUGCUGAGGCUUCUGGCAAGGACAAGAGGGGCAGCAACAAAUCAAGCGCAGAGGUCGAAACUUUCACUUCUGGUGUGAGAUCACCAAAUAAGGUGACCCCACUUAGUGGCCCGAAAGAUAGACCUGCUCUGAGGCAUAGACGAGCUUCAAUGAGUGAUUUAAUCACAAGUGUAGAAAGUGUAGAAUGUAACCCAACCAAUCUGGUGCCUGAGUCAGCUGGUGCUACUUUCCUUCCUACGGACGGUUCGGCGAACGAGCUGCAGAGUGAAGUGACCCCGGCAAGUGGAAGUAGGGGAAUCUUAAAUCCUGCACCGGAGGUGGCAAAACAGCCAGGGCCUCGCUUCUUGACAGUCGAGGAUUUCCUGAGGCGUGAGGCCGAAAAGAUGAGGGGGCAGGGAGUAGAGGAUUCAGAAAAUAAUGCUUCGCUUGCACUUAACUCAAUUGGAACAAGUUCCCCAAUGCCCAAGAGAAAUGAGCGGUCGAAGCAACGGGCUCAAAGAGCAGCGCAGAACGGUCCUCAGUGGAAAAUACAAUUCAAAGAGGAAGAUGUUGACGAGUCUCAUGAAGCAGACCCUGCAGAGAUAGACGAUGCCAAGGAGAAAGCGCUUUCUUUGCUGAACCGGAGACACAUUUCAGCUGCCGAGCUCCGAAAUAAGCUCACUCAAAAUGGCUUCCCCGCGAAUGUAGUCAAAGUUGUCACUGACCGGAUGCAGGAAAUCGGCCUACAGAACGAUUUGGAGUAUGCAGAAGCCUUCGCACGAGUGAGAUGGCAAAGCUUCAGAUGGGGCCCCGACCGAGUAAGAAGAGAAUUGAAAGCGAAAGGAAUCAGUACGGACAACCUUGAUGAGGCGAUCAGAGCGAUCUACGGAGAUAGAGCGGACAUUCUGCGGGUGAGUCCGGAAAGUGGAAGUGAGGUCGAAGAACUAGCAGGCCAACACGAUGAAGAGGACGUUUCCGGUAACGUAGAAAGGGAGCUCUAUGUUGCAGCAAAGCGGCACUUCCUCAGUGGUGAUGGUUCGGAUGUGAAUAGGCGAUGGAAGCGCACCGCUGACUGGCUGGCCAGGCGGGGGUUCAGCUGGGGAACAGCCUCGAGCAUCAUGGUCGCGUUAAAGGCGGAAGCAGACGUCUGGAAAUAAACUCCGACGUAGCUCGUCCGGCACGCUUGUUUUUCAGCCUGAUCGCGUGCAAGAUUGGGCUAAAAUCCAUCUUCAGGGGCGGUUGCGCCUUGGUGAUUCGACUCCUUGUAAUUGGUCGAGGCCUUGCACUUCGAAGUUGAUUGAAAGCAAAAGCCGACUCAAGUGUGAACUGCGAUGGAUAGCGUUGUUAAUAAUAUCAAAGGCAUCUUUUCCAGGCCGCAUACAACCUUAAGUCAAACGUUAAGAGCUGUAGCUAGUGUGUCUGGUAUAGGUGGCCUUACGAAUAAGCAUGUUGCACGAAAUAGAGAGCCGCAACAGCCGCUGCAAGAGCAGCUGCGAGCCAAACAGUUUGCACUCAGCUACAUUGCAACUAGCUAGGUUUAUCAGGCCACUUUAUAUUGAGUUGAUCAACCUGUUCUGGCGCCCAAGG